CCAAGGAGUAAACAUGUCUCAUCUCGCGUGUCUUCUUACCAUCUUUGUUGCCCUCUCAAUCGUCGCCAUCCAGGCCGACCACGAAGCCCAGUUGAGAGCAGGCUAUGACAAAAUGAAGUGCCAUAAAGGAUUCGUAGGCAAAUUCAGCCCCUUGAUGGAAACGACGGUCAAAAAUUGCAAUGCGAAGUCCAUUUCGAGCUAUUUCUGUUACGCCGCAUGCUGGGAGACAGGAAUUCUCUGCUACACAAACGGGGCCUUCAAUGAUACUGCGCGUCAUAUCGAUUUAAUGGAUUUGUUCGACCCCAAGGAGCCCGAGUCAAAGAAAACCGUCGAUGGCUGGGUGAAGGAAGCCACAAUUUGCGAAAAUGCUGCAAUUAAAAGCGGGCUAAAAGUUACAGACGAUUACUCCGGUGAAUGUAAGGAUUACGAAGAACUGGGGAAAUGCGUGUGGAAACCAAGGAAAUGCCCUUGAGUAAUCAAAACAGCUUCUAAAAUAUUUUGACCUUCUAACCACGGAAAUCUAUUAACUUGAGGAUAAAUACAAGCAUAUUUUGUGGAUUUACUUAAUACUGACAAAUAUUAAUAUUAAGACAAAAAUUUGAACUUCAUAAUAGAAAAUCCAUAACAAUUAAUUUCAUGUUUGUAUUACUAUUAGCCAAUUUGUUGUAAUUUGAGUUUAUGAAAUUAGUAGAUUAAAUAAAGCAAAUUUAUUGGA